AUGUCACCACAACCGGAAAUAGCAAAUACCGCAGCCGCCACGAGUGGCGGUGCUAUAUCGGAGGAAAAGCCGGGCUUUGACAAAGAGCUCAACGUCACGGCCGUGGAGAUCGACUCGACAUCAUCAAAAAAAGCACAUGCCAGCAGCGAAAACAGCAGCAGUAGUAGUGGCAGCAGCAGCACUCACGAAAAGGCCAACAGUACUGACGAUAGCGACAACGAAGAUGUCAUCAUCAUCUCGGGAGAGGAUGUGUCCAAUCACCUGCUGCCGCUCAGGGACGACAGGGACCCGGCCUUGACGUUUCGGAGUAUUUUUCUUGCCACCUGUCUUGCCGCGUUUGAAAGCACCCUGUACCAAAUAUAUCAGUUUAAGCCCACCGAGAUUGAAGUUUCGUCUCUAUUCAUCGUCCUCAUUGCCCACUUCGCCGGCACUGCAUGGGCAAGAUUACUGCCCCGGGGCGACAAGCUUGAAGCGAAAUGGAAGGCCGAGGGCGGAACCGGCGCCUUGCCAGUUUGGAUCCGGAUCAUAUCCGUCGUCAACCCCGGGCCCUGGGGUCUUAAGGAGCACGCCAUCUGCGCGAUAACGGCCGCAUCUUCAUCCAAUGCCGCCGAGGCCAUCCUAGCUUUCACGGCGCAGGAUCUGUUUUACGACCUGGAGCUCAAGCCCGUGACGGUCGUGUUAUCCAUCAUCUCCAUCAGCCUCUUUGGGUACGGCAUAUGCGGUCUGAUUCGCCCCAUUGCGGUUUGGCACACAGAUGCGGUCUACUGGAGUAGCCUUCCCGUCGUCAAGACGGUGCAGAGCCUGCACUGGCAGGAAUUCAAGACUUCCAAGCCGCUGAGGGUGUUUUGGAUCGCUUUUGGCUGCAUGUUUGUCUACGAGUUUCUCCCGGCGUACAUGUGGCCAUGGCUUAACUCGGUUUCUAUUCCUUGUUUGGCUGCUAUGCACGCAACUGGCGACCUUGGAGCCACUCUAACGAGGUUCUUUGGAGGUUCAAUCAACAAUGAGGGUCUUGGACUAUUCUCACUGUCCUUUGACUGGCAAUAUAUCACAUCGUACAACACAUCUCUUCCCCUCAUCACUCAGCUGCACACCGGCCUCGGGCUUGGCAUCUGCAUGAUCGGGAUGGUGGUUGUGUGGUACACCAAUGCCUUCAACGCCCAGUCUCAACCCUUUAUGAGCACAAGGCUGCACACUGCGAACGGCUCUAUCUAUCCCAUCUCCGAAGUCUUUGAGGCCGGACAGCUUGACCAUGCGAUUCUGGAAAGGUUUGGCCUUCCACGACUUUCGGGCACUUUUGUCUGGGGUUUAUUUAUGGCGAACGCUGCCAUUGGUGGCAUGAUUACUCACUGUGCAGUCUUUUACGCCAAGGACAUAAUUAACUCUUUCAAGAGCGCCAACAACGACGAUUUCAAAGACCGCCAUCAUAAGCAUAUGAAGGCCAACUACAAAGAGGCACCUUGGUGGUGGUUCGCGCUUGUCUUGUUUGUGAGCUUCAGCCUAGGGCUGAUAGUCGUCACUACACAGAACAUUACAUUGCCUUGGUGGGCCUAUAUGAUAUCACUGCUACUUGGGUGCAUAAUUGCGCCUCUUAGUACAAUGUUGUUCUCUCGUUUUGGCCUGGCUAUUGCUACCAAUAAUCUGUCCAAGAUGUUGGCAGGUUUAAUUAUUCCUGAGCGUCCAAUCGGCACAAUGUAUUUUGCCGCGUGGAGUCACAGUGUAAUCAGCUCGUGUCAUUCUCUUUGCAACGACCUAAAGAUUGGAGAGUACCUCAAAAUCCCACCCAGAGACAUGUUCCUAACCCAAGUAUACGGCACCAUCCUUGGGGGCUUCAUCAACUACGGCGUCAUGAGCUCCAUCGUCAAGACCAACCGUGACCUCCUACUGAACAGCGACGGCAACAACUCCUGGAGCGGCGCCACCAUUCAGAGCUACAACACCAACGCCGCCACCUGGGCGCUGGCAAAGUACCUGUACGGACCCGGGGGCGCUUAUUGGAUCGUACCGUUAGGUCUGGUUCUCGGUGUUGUGCUUGUCCUCAUCCACAGGGCAAUAGUUCACUUCGUCCCCAAAAUAAAAGGCUGGGACCUAGCCGAGAACAUCAACCUCCCACAGCUGCUCACCUACUGCGGCGAGAUACCCAUCGGCGCCACGCAGACGUGCGUGAUAUUCAGCCAGAUCCUCGGCGGCUUGUUUGCGCAGUUUUAUCUCCGCAACUACAAGCCCCGCAUCUUUAAGAACUACUUCUACUCGACGGUGGGAGCUUUUGACGGCGCGGCGCUGUCGGCACUGUUUUUGUUGUCCUUUGCAGUAUUUGGGGCUGCGGGACCCGCGAUACCGUUUCCAAAGUGGUGGGGGAAUCGCGCCGGGGAGAAUUACGAUUUUUGUCCCAAGGUCGAGUGA